AUGAAUUUCAAUUUUUGGGUUGUUGCCCUUUGGGUGACAGUAGUCAAGGCCUGGGUCGUCAACGAAGGCACAACAUGCACCUUGUACCCCGAAUCGCUUGUUCACCGCGGACAAGCCGUUGACGAUGCACCUUCAAUUCAGGAAGCCUUUGAGACAUGUGGUACCAAUGGCACAGUGAUUUUCACCAAGAACUUGUUUCAUGUCAACACCGUCCUCAACACAACCAACCUGUUGAACUGUGAUGUCCAUCUCCGCGGAGAACUACGCUUCUCCACCAACAUCCCAUACUGGCGAACCCAUGCCAUCAGCGUUGUUCUGCAGGAUCAAGUCACUGCAUGGCUUUUCGGAGGUACCAAUGUCAACUUCUAUGGCGAGGGCGGCUUUUACAACGGCCAGGGCCAAGAUUGGUAUAACGCCAACAGAAACGAGUCGAACCAGCCCGGGCGGCCAAUGAGUAUUACCUUCUACAACUCGACAAACCUUUUCGUCGAUAGCUUGAAAGUGAUUCAGCCGCAGUUCUGGGCCACCUUUGUCUGGGACAGCAAAAAUGUGACCUUUACCAACUUGUUCGUCAACGCCACCAGCGACAGCAAAUGGGGCACUAUGAACACCGACGGUUUCGACUCCUGGAAGAGUGACUCGAUUCUCGUAGAGAAUGCCACUAUCAUCAUGGGCGAUGAUUGCAUUGCCGCAAAGGGCAACACCACCAACUUCCACGUCAAGAACGUUUACUGCGAAGGAGGCACUGGAAUCACCAUUGGUUCUAUUGGCCAGUACCCCGAGACACCGGACUACAACCUCAACACCACCUUUGAGAACGUCCACAUCAAGAACGCCAUGGAUGGCGCAUAUAUCAAGACCUGGCAGGGAACACGCAUCUACACUCCCAGCAACGGCGACUGGGGUGGCGGCGGCACCGGCCUCGUGAAGAACGUCACCUUCCGCAACUUCACCAUGGAGAACGUCGGGCUUCCCAUCCAACUCUCGCAGUGUGUUUACUCGGCCAACUCCGACAAGGGCUGUAACACGUCCAAGCUGCAGGUGGAGGAUGUGAAGUGGCAGGACAUUCGUGGUACAUCCCGCUUCAACAUCGCUGCGUCGAUGUAUUGUUCCGAUGAACGUCCCUGUCCCAAUGUCACGUUUGAAAAUGUGAACAUCACCAGCGUGAAUGCUUCGCUUGGUCUGCCUUACUUUGGCACUGAUGUUCAUCACGAGAUCUUCCAGUGCUCUAAUGUCCUUGGUCAGAAGAACUCUGGUAUUCCGUGCAACCAGGCUGCUCCCAGCAACUUCAGUCAAUGGAUAUAUGGAAAUGUUGAUAGUAGUGGCCUUGCGACUUUGAGUUGA